AUGUCCACAGACGAUGGCAGCAAAUGGUAUAUAGCGCUGGGCAACGCUCCCAGCGGUGAACAAGGUCUCGGUUACUACUUCGCGAGCAACGACGCCAGGGCGGUGUCUUGGGUGGACAGCUUUGAGUUCGACUGCUUAUCAGCUGGCUGUGAACACGUCGACCAAAGCAGCUCAUGUUGGUACCGAAGCACAGUACUGGAAGCACUGCCAACUAUUUCCCAGCACGCUUGCUGUAUCCACGGAGCUUAGAGCCGAGCUCGCUGCGAAUCUCUUGCACGCAUCGGCAGGCAAGUCGCAUACACUCAGCGCGCAAAAUACGGCGCUUACCAUCCACAGACGUCGCAAUAUCCAAAGUCACUACGUCUCCUUAUAACGCUGAGGACCUGGAGAGAAUGACUAACAUAGUCAAAGAACUUCCUCACGAAGGCUCAGGAACAGGCAGGGCCGAUUUACACUCGUCGUGGAUUGUUGCGAGCUUCAUGCAUCUUCAUGCGCGGGGCCUAUGGAGGAGCCACUAUGGACAAAACUAUGAAUAUUUCCACGCGUACAGAGUAGAAGACGAGCAGAAGCCUCCCACAUAUCAGCGUCCCUGGGCGAUGGUCCUCUUCGCGCCCUUAACUCUUCGUUCUGCACAGGUCUAUGCAGAAGAACUCCACGCGUUCCGUCACCAGUUUAGUCCCGCCCGAUACGAUGCGUUCGUGACCAAGGUGAACUCAAGCAUCCGUGAUUCGAACUUGCUGGUAGGACGAAUCUUAUUCGCGACUGUGCUUCUCAGCACGAGUGUCCCCUUCCUGGACUUCAGCGACAACGCCGCUGUGACCAUCCUCACGUACUGCUCGCUCAUCAUGAGCGCCGGAAGCAUCAUUGUUGGACUCGCCAUUUUCAAACAAUACCGCGCUAAAGGUGCUGAUGUGCCACUCAAAGCUGUCAUCAUACUGGAGCGUAUCUUUCGCGAAUCACACGGCAUUGAGAGACUCGCGAUCAUCUGCAGUCUGCCUUACGUCUUCCUGAUGUGGAGUCUGUUUCUCUUCCUGGCUGCACUGUUGAUCAUGUGCUUUGACCAGACGGAUACCCCGACGAAGGUGCCUACUGGCGUUGCCUGCGCCAUUGUUUCCUUGUCCAUCUUCUGGUGCUUGCUCACCGCUGGCUCUCCUGACAAGGAAGAAACUCUGAGCCGGCGGCGAGCACGAGAGCAGCACGAACGCCAAGUCGUAGAGAAUGAGAAGGGUGCUGCCGCAACGGACACACGCCGUUCUUCAAGCUUACUUGAGCGUUGUCUGCACCAAUGUGCUACGCUGAAAAUAUUGAUGCAACAUUGUUGGUGCUUAGCACAUAUACGAUGGAAGCGGCUGAUCCGAUUAUGCAGCCAAGCCUUGCUAAGUAUUGGCUCGUCACCUCGACUUUUUGUGCAAGUGACAAAUGUCAUUGCUCUUGGUCUCCCCGAAUUUUCGCAUUUUCUUCAUCUCACCCAUAAUUUCAUCUUGAAAGUCCAAAUCGGGAAGACACUUAGGAAGGCGGCAGCGCAGUUCUACGAUGGCAACUUUCAUUGGGAUUGUAUAGAUUCCUUCUACGACGUUUGCGGGAACAUCGACAUCGAUCUCCAAGUCUGGUCGGACUAUCACCACUAUUACGGCGGCAUGCGGGCACCCUUGGGCACCCUCCUUCUCGACCCGUAUAACAAGCCACAGCAUGAUAUCUGUGAUGAGCACGGCACCCAGACCUGGCAGACGGUCAUUCGACGACCACUGAGCGGCGCAUCUUCCUUCCGGCACACGGGGGCUGAGAUCGAGUUCACCAUUACCGCUACGACCACUUUGUCCCGCACCAGCAAUCUCGCGAGAGCCCCGUCAAUGACAACUCUCCGUUCCCAAAAGCAAAGCGAGGGACAACCGACUAACCCCUCAAAGUCAUUCUCCCCCGCUGGACUUCGCCACGAAGCGUCUCGCGACCUUAGGUCAGCGGUAGCCAGAGCACAGCGAGCGGCCGAGGAGUUUCGAGACGCAGAAACGCAUGGCCAGGUGGUCUUGAAGUCUCUUCUCGUUAAGGCCGAAGCACUAUCUCGUGUCACGGAGCCAUUUGCGCAGGCGCAUCUAUCCACAAAACUUGCUUUCUACACCUUGAAAGGAGCGGUCAAUAUUCUUAUAGCUCAAAUGGACCGCGAUGCAAGAAUACUUAACCUUGUAGAUACACUUAGCGAAGUGUACAACAUCAUCCUCGACAAGCCUGACCUCGACAUUGGCUCUGUCAAGUCCGCUAUCGAAGCAUUAGCGGCGCAGAGCAUUGAAUGCAGCCUUUUCAUCCAAGCUUACGCCAAGCAAGGCUUUGCGGAACGUCACUGGAAUAAUCUUGCUUCUGACAUUGAUCGAGCUAUCACUCGACACGAGCAAAAGCUCAAGGAGCUUGCGAUCUGUUUUAAGACUAGGGUAAUGAACGCCAUCGCUAAGAUGGUAAUUCGCACCCUGGGCAUGGCCAAAUGCGUUGGUAUGGUUAUGGACCUGAAUGACAUGCCGUACGCCGAUCGUGUGCGGUAUGACAGAGGAAAGAUUGAUUCCAGUUCUUACAACACUGUCGUCGCGCAGAAGAUAUGUCAAUGGGCUAUGUCUGAUCACUCUGGGGAGACUGUCUUCCUGCUGACUGGGUCAGACGCCUCAUCCUCAGCGAACUCCACGCUAGCGCAUACGAUCGCGUACCAUUUUGAUACACUCGGACGGCUCGGAUCAUCGUUCUUCUUCCAGGAAUCAACGGACCCCACGUAUAUGUUCAGCACAAUAGCGCGGGAUCUCGCAGACCUCGAUGAGGAGCUACGGGCUAUCUUACAUUCGAACAUUAAGGGGCGUCGCGCCAUCUGCAGGACUUCGUCUAUCCUGGAGCAAUUUCAAGAGUUUAUAGCGCCGUGUUUCCCGCUCGAUAAACAAUACCUCGACAUUGGACCCAUUCUUAUCGUUCUGGACCGCUUGGACCUUUGUGAGGAGAUAGGAAGCGAGCGAAGGCAGGCACUUCUGUCCAUCCUCUCCCACGAGGUCCCGAGUCUAUCACCGAAUGUCAAGUUUCUCCUCACGUCCCGUCCUGACGACGAUAUUAUGUGCGCCCUUCGUAACAAACUUCACGUCAGAGAGAUGUCUAUGUAA